UUCACGAGGCAGACAAUGCACGAAGGAGCUGGAAUGCUGGAGGGCUUUUCUUUCACCCCGCAAGGAUUGUCGAAACGACCCCGGUGGUCGCUAUGGCCUGCCGUACAGUGCCAUAUUAUAUAAGCCGAUCGUCCAUCUUCUCCGCUCUUCUUCUUGUCUCGUCCGUCUCGUCCUUCUCGUCCUCUUCCCCCACCACCUCCUCCAUCCGCCGCUCCAACCACGAAACCCACAAAGUUGAACAACGCGCUCCACCCCCCCCCUUACUCCAGCAAAAAUCCCCCUACAAUCUCCUACCGUCGUCAACAUGUUCCGAAAGCCCCGGAUGGAGUCCCCGGAUCCCGUCGCGGACGAGGCGGGACGUGCGCUGCACCCCCUCCCGGUCGUGGCGUGGGGCCCUCUUGCACUGGCGUUUCUGGGUGUCCCGAUCGUGGUAGGGAUCCAUAUGUUUGUCGUCCAGGACGAGGACUAUCGAUCGGCCAUUCAAAAGCUCCACGAUGCCGGGUUCAGGCAGACAAAGCCGAAUCGCGCUCCAGCCCCCGAGAUCCUGAAUAGACUCCCAAACCCCGAGAACGUGAUUGCACGGAUAAAUGCGGGCUAUAAACGACUCGACCAUUUCUCUACAACCUUCGACUACCCGACACAGUCCCACGACCGAGCCGAGCAGCUGUUUUUGAUUCGAAACUCUCUUUUUCGCCUACACGUGGCCACCGCACGCGACGAGCGGGCAUUCGUACCCACGGACUAUUAUGCAUUUGACAAUGUGCUAUAUCCACGCGAGCGGACCCUGAUAGAAGGACUCGUGAAUGCUGCGAUGGAUGAUGAAAGUCUGCACCCCAAAGGCUAUGUGAAAAUCUCGUCUUGGGGCCAGCUGUGUAGAGCGUGGAUAGCUCAGAUGGUGGGAUAUCUCGGUUUAACAAACGAGCUGCUCGAUCACUGCGUUGAAGAACGCGCGAUCACCUGGUAUAGUGAAAAUUUCGGUCGAGUCUACGAGGAAAAGAAUGGGCCCGUAAACCGCCGCAUUUCAAAGCGAGUCGGAUCUGGGAAAGAAAUGCCAUGUGGCAUGGAUGGU